UCCAAACAGAAGGUGGCAGCAGGAGCAGGAACACACCGGAAGUGGUUCAUGUCACCAAGCACGACCAUUUCCACCAUAACAUCGUUGUAUCCGUUUCAGUCUGCCUCACCAUGAAUCCGCUGACAAAGGUGAAGUUGAUCAAUGAGUUGAAUGAGCGCGAGGCCGACCUUGGGGUGAAAGAGUCUGUCUCCUGGCACACAGCGUACAAGGACAGUGCCUGGGUUUUUAUCGGGGGAUUUCCAUAUGAGCUGACUGAAGGUGACAUCAUCUGUGUCUUCUCUCAGUACGGAGAAAUCGUGAACAUCAACCUGGUGCGAGACAAGAAGACGGGGAAGUCUAAAGGUUUCUGUUUCCUGUGCUACGAGGACCAGCGGAGCACCAUCCUCGCUGUGGACAACCUCAACGGCAUUAAGAUUAAAGGUCGGACCAUCCGCGUGGACCACGUCAGAGACUACCGUCCUCCUAAAGACUCAGAGGAUAUUGAUGAUAUCACCAAACAGCUGAGGGAGCAGGGCUGUGCCCCUGCAAUUCCCCAACCCUCCUCCUCCUCCUCCUCCUCCUCCUCAGAGGAAGACGAUCAGUACGCCAUCCCUGUGAAGAAACUCAAGAAAGACAAGAAAGAGAAGAAGAAAAAGAAGAAAGAGAAGAAGGAGAAGAAGAAGGCAGAAAAACAGAAGGCAAAGGAAAGGGAAAACCGUGCACUGCACUCCUCCUCUUCCUCACCACCUCCUCCUCCUGCUCCUGCCGUCAGAGUCAAAGAGGAGAAGCAGGACGCUGCCUACGAUAAGUACAACCAGAGGGGGGCGCCACCUGGUGGACAAGAGAACGGACAGAGAGCGACGAGGGAGAAUGAGAGACUGAGGGGGGAGGAGGAGAGAAGGAGAGAGAUGGACAGGGAGAGGGAGGAUGACAGGUUUAGGACUAGGGACAGGAGCAGAGAGAGAGAGGUAGACAGGAGAAGAGAGAUGGAGAGAGAGACAGAGAGGAAGAGAGAGACGGAUAGGGAUAGAAGAAGAGAUACAGAGAGAGACAGUGACAGAAGACGAGAGACGGAUAGAGAGAGAGAUGGUGAUAGGAGGAGAGAGACAGAUAGAGAGAGAGAUGGUGAUAGGAGGAGAGAGAUGGACAGGGACAGAGGUGGUGAUAGAAGAAGAGAAGCUGACCGUGACAGAGACAACGAUAGAAGAAGAGAGACAGAGAGAGAGCGGUCACAUCGACACUGAGAGGUUCUGCUGAACACCGAGAAUCUUUCGUUUUUUAUGAUAUAAAACAUGUAAAUAUGAAGUGUAUGAGUUAAAUAUGGAGAUGUGCUGCUGGCGCCAUCUAGAGGCUGGAGUGCUCAUUACCUAACCUGCAGAGGACCUUCAGAGAGAGAACACAACGGGCCUACAAUAUUAACAUCUCCUUCUGAAAAGUUGUUUGUAAUUAUUGAGGUUGUCUUUCUUUGAUGCUCCAUUUUUCAUCCUAAAAUGUUAGAUUUAUGUAAAAAUUUAAAAAACAUUUUAUGUAAUAAAACAAAGAAAUUCA